AGUUGUAUUCUACGGAUAUACUGCGCCGCUAGGGUUUGCGCCGGCGCCAUCUCCCUCGGAUCUGUCAUCGCCAUCGCACAUGCCGCCGUUCUCCAGCGAGCCAAUGACGAACAACGAGGGGGAACCAGUGGAAGAUGCGUCUUGCCGGUCAGUGCGGCGCCGGCGGUACCGAGAACAAACAAGUACAAAUAGUGCUCCACUUCGCCAACAAGGUGAUAUUUCUGAGGGCGCCCAAAACACUAUGACAGGAUUCGACUUUGAUAGACUUCCACAGGAUAUCUUGUGCCAUAUACAUUCCCUUAUUCCGCUACGAGAUGCUGCCUGCUUGGCUUGUCUGUCUUGUAGAUUUCUACGCUCUUGGAGAUGCUUCCCUAACCUCACAUUCAAUCAGGAAACAUUCAGCUUGAAUGUUUACGAGGGCACAUCAUAUGAAAAAGAAAAGGAACCAGUGGAUAUAAUUGACAGCAUUCUUCAGAACCACUCUGGUACUGGGGUGAAGACACUUAAGCUUGAUGUUUCUAAUUACUUCAAACCCAUCACGGCUGACCAUAUCAACAAUUGGCUUAACGCUGCUGUUAAACCUGGAAUCAUUGAAAUUGCUGUGAAAUUUCCUGUACAUAACAGGCCAAUGUUCAACCUCUCUUGCUCACUUUUAUCUUGUGCCGGAAGCUCACUUCAGUCUAUUUCCUUGUUCUUUUGUGCUUUUCACCCAACAUUAAGAACUGGCUGUUUCAAAAGCUUGAGAAGCGUGUAUUUCAAAUUUGUCCACAUUACUAGUGAAGAACUAGGAUGCCUUCUCUCCAGUACAGUUUCAUUGGAGAAGUUGGAAAUUAGCAAUUGUGAUCAGCUCACUUCCUUGAAUAUACCUUCUCAUCUGCAGCACCUUACGGUCCUGAAUGUGUUAUUUUGCACAAAUCUAAAGAUGAUAGAAAUUUAUGCUCCAAAGCUGACCACUUUUGACUUCAGAGGACGCCCUAUGAAAAUAUUAACCAGUGACUCCUCGCAUCUGAAGUACAUGACUUUGCAUGGUACAUUCUUCUCUGGCAUGAUCCAAUAUGCUAGGACUGAACUCCAUUCUAUCGCAUCGAAUCUUCAGACUCUUACCCUGGCAUCAUCUAAAGAGGAUUUUAUUACGCCAAUGUUGCCUGUGAAAUUCCUCCACCUCAGGAACUUGAAUGUCUAUUUUGAUGGCAUUAGAUUCCAAAGCUAUGAUUAUUUUUCUCUGGCUUCUUUUUUCGAGGCUUGUCCUGCCUUGGAAACUUUCUACAUAUGGGCAGGAGAGUAUGAUCUUGCAUGGAAGGACCCAGCUCUUCAAGAUUCCAAUGCAGAUUCGUUACAGAUAAGGCGGAUUCCAGAAAUCCACCAUGCCAACCUUAAGAAAGUAUCCAUCAACCGAUUUUUCCCGUCAAAGAGCUUGAUUGAGCUAACAUAUCUAAUUAUUGAGAAUGCCUCGUCGCUACAAUGCCUUAAGCUGGACGCUGGCUAUGGUUUUGACACUAGUGGCAUGUGUAAAAGGAUGAAUAAGUUAGAUGUACUCCAUGCCCUCAGUGCUGUGGAGGUUGCCAAGAAAUAUAUUGAGGGCAAAGUUCCCUCCAGUGUGAAAUUCAACAUUCUGGAGCCCUGCGAGCGGUGUCAUAUUGCAAAACUUUCCCAACUUUAGAUUUAUUUCAAGUUAUAUAAAUGUUUGUGCAUGCGAAUGCGUUGUAUGAUACAGUUACUAAUCUAUAGAAAGAAACCUGUUGGAGUUUUAGAGAGGAAAUGUUGUUAAUCAAUUUGUCAGCAUACUCUCUCAACUCAGAAUGUUUUUUUUUCA